AUGUUCUCUGCCAUGUUAACGGACGUCUACCGUUACGAACGCCCUGAGAUCCGCAUCGCCUACAGGACGGACGGCCAACUCCUCAACCACCGGCGGAUGCACUUCCAGUCGCGUGUGUCCACAACCGCCGUCCACAAACUUCUCAUCGCCGACGACUGUGUCCUCAACACCACCUCUGAAGGGGACAUGCACAGGAGCAUGAACCUCUUCGCCGCCGCCCGCGACAGCUGCGGCCUGAUCAUCAACACGGAGAAGCCGGUGGUUAUGCAUCGAGCGCCACUCGACAAUGACUACAUCGCACACCAAAUCAACGCGAACGGCGCCCAAUUGCAAGUCGUAAACAUUACCUACUUUGGCACCACCUUUUCUCGCAAAAGUAGAAACAGAGAUUCAGUGGCCCGCUGAACUUCCAAGGCCAGUCAAUCUUCGUCGUCUGCAAAGCACGGGCUGGAACCGACACGGUCUCCAUCUCAACAUUAAACUGAAAAUGUACAGGGCAGUUAUCCUGCCGACGUUGCUGUGUGGAGCGGAGACUUGGACGCUGUACAAGGAGCAGGUACCUUGAUUAAAUCAUCCCCACCUCAGUUGCCUUCGACGGAUACUGAAGCUAAGAUGGCAGGACCGGAUGCCGAACGCGGAUUUACUGGAGCAGACAAGAAUCCUCAGCAUUUAUGCCAUGCUGAGACAGCUGCAACUGCGUUGGAGAGACCACCUCGUGCGGAUGAACGACGAGCGGUUGCCCAAACGAUUCUUCUACGGAAAUUUCGCCACGGGUUGCCGCUGGCCAGGAAGCCAACUCCGGUGCUACAAGGAUACCAUGAAGACCUGCCUAAAGAGCCUACAAAUCGACCCGACCAACUGGGCGAACCUCGCCCCGGACUGACCGACCUUGCGGACAGCAGUGAAUACUGGCGCAGAGAUCUACGAAGCCAACCGCAUUACCGCCGCCAAGGCCAAACACGAAGCUCGUAAAUCUCAACUGAACCCGCCUCGCAACGCAACAAUCAACCGCCUCUGACCUGCCCACGCUACCAGCGGACGUUCCGGGCAUCAAUCGGUUUCAUUGGACAUCUUCAUACUAACUACAGCACUCGGACGACACCACCCGAUGUCCCCCCGUCGACAUCUUCCUCGUCAUCCACGCCGACAAUCAACAUUGACCGCACUCCCGAAUCCCCACUACCAUCCUUCCCCUCCUCCUUUUCCGCCUUCUCCUCCAUCGCCUUAAAAUCCGCCGCGGCGGCUCCUGCACCCAGCGUCACUGCACUCAAUCCUAACACACCCACAAAAAUCAACCUCAUCAACACCAACACCAGCGAUGUGGACUCGGCCCAUUUCUGUCCUCAUUGA